CGACAGAUACGAAUCAAUGAAUCAAUACCUGGUGUAGGUUGGAACCUUUCAUCUUGUUGAAAUAAGACUGCUACAAGUUCAUCUGAAGCACUAGUUCUAGUUUAUUUGAGUUUUAUUCUUUUGCUUUUGGAAACAAUGAAUCUAUCCGGAUUUUUCUACUUGGUUUUUCACCACAACAUCUGGCUUAGUUCACUUUCGAUUCAAGAUUCGUCAAUUUUUUUCGAAAUCGGAAGCUGAUGCUGCUGUCCGUACCUCCCCCGAUUGGCACCGUUACUCCAUCUCGUCAAACAAGAUUGCCAACGUGAUUAACCCCAUACCGCAGUACCUGAAAAGUCCAAGUUUUUGUUGUUCGUUUUCUGAAUCUGAUUGAGCGCCGUUGAUGCCAUAGCCAUUUUCGCAACCCGUCGCAUGAAACAAGUACAACACGAUGCGGAAAAAAAGCCCCUGCGAUGUGGAAAAUGGAAUGGCAGAGAUUUGCAUUUCACUAGCAGAAGUUCCGUGUCAGUAGACUUUGACAGCACUGGAAAUUUGUGAUGCUAAAAUUUUUGUGAUGCUAAAUAUGUCUGGGUCUGGAAAUUUGUGAUGCUAAAAUGUGCGUGAUGGAACCAUUUUCUUAUCCAGUAAAGCAUGACAAGUUUGCAGAACGUUUUAUCAAAUCCGAAUUCCGCAUCAGAAACAGCGUUCUUGUAUGACAAGAGAGGCUGCCGCUUUUGUUGGUCAUGCAAUACAGAUUUCGCAGGAAUGUAACGCCAGCAUUACAAGUUCCAACUUUCCAGACCCAGGCAUGUUUGCAUUUGAUAGACGAAGACGGUGAGCUAUUUGGACAAAUUUACCGAUUUCGUGUAUGUGAAUACUGGGUUGCAAUUCGUCGUGAGUGUUGUCGUGAAGGAAAUUCUUUGGGGAAAAGUGUUGAAGCCGGUUUUGUGUUGCACGGUGUGCAGGAGAAGAGAUAA